AUCAGCCACAUCCACUGUCAUGACGCAGUGAACCCGGAAGACGUGUGUUUGCUGUCAAUGCCAACGACAGAGGAGGCACAGAGAGCUAAAACCCCGCAUUUAAGACAAGAUGGCAGGACUGCCCCGCAGGAUCCUUAAGGAAACUCAACGUUUGAUUGCAGAGCCUGUCCCAGGCAUCAGGGCAGAGCCAGAUGAAGGCAACGCCCGCUACUUUCAUGUGGUCAUUUCUGGACCUCAGGACUCACCUUUUGAGGGCGGCACAUUUAAACUGGAGCUCUUUUUACCAGAAGAAUAUCCCAUGGCGGCUCCUAAAGUACGCUUCAUGACCAAAAUAUAUCAUCCCAAUGUAGACAAGUUGGGGAGAAUAUGUCUAGACAUUUUGAAAGAUAAAUGGUCACCAGCUCUGCAGAUUCGCACAGUGUUGCUAUCAAUCCAGGCAUUACUAAGUGCACCCAACCCUGAUGAUCCUCUUGCAAAUGACGUUGCAGAGAAGUGGAAGUCCAAUGAAGUUGAAGCCAUAGAAACAGCCAAGUCAUGGACCAGACUUUAUGCUGGAAGAAAUGAAAUGAAAUGAAGUGUAGAGCAGCCCAACAAGUGGAAAUCAAGUGUGAACACAACUCCUCAUGUUCUGCCUCUUCCUACUUUAUUUACAUUUAAAGGACACAGUCUUAAAUAUAUAUAUAUAUAUAUAUAAAUAUAUAUAUUGCAAAAUAAACGUGAAUAUAUUGUAAAGGAA